AUUAGUUUCCAAACAAACAAAAGUAAAUAAAUUGUCUACGAUAUGGCGCAGGUUGCUUUUCUGGACAACCUUCUGAAAGAAUAUUUGGUGUUUAGAGGUUUUUCUUCCACCUUAAAAACUCUCGACCAGGAACAAAGGACCGAGAAAGAUCAAAGCUUCCGUGCCGAGAAAUUGUUGGAAAAUUUUAAUCAGUCCAUUCAAAGCCAUGAUUUAGCUGCGCUACGAGCGCUUUGGGCGCACUUAGAUAGCAACCUAUUCAGCAAACUGGAGCAUACUUAUGCCACAGCUGUGAAGAAAUUGGAAAAUAGUUUACUGAAGCUGUACCUGGUAACGGCCUACUCAAGCAAUCGUCUGGAUAAGGUAACAGAAUUUUUCGCAAAACUUGCAGUAGAUUUACAACAACAAAGCGAAUGGAAGGAUUGGUUUUAUUUUCCAUUUUGUAAGAAUGCUGAGGAUUCGCCCACUUUCGCUUUGUACUUUUCGAAACAAUGGCAAGACACAUUACAAUUAUCGCUGCGUAACUUCCUUACAACAAUUUACCAAUGUUUGCCACAACCAACUAUUGUACGCGCCGAAUACGAGGCCGCGCACAUACGGCGACUACAGGAGGAGAAUGCUUUGUUGAAAACACGCUUACAACAAAUGCAACAACAAAUAUCGACCUCCGGUAGUAAUCAGAAUCUGAAUGCUGCCGGUAACGAUUCCAGUGGAGCGCGUCGUCGUGCAUCGUAUAGACCACAGCAAAGUCUUAGUGACAUUUUGCCCUUCGACGUUAGUCCGCCGGGACAUGUGGUAGAUGAUUUUUCAGUAAUAUCAUCGGAGGUGAAUAAUGUAGCGCAAGCAAGUGAUGCACAGGCACGCGGCUUGCGAAUGUUGAUACGCAACAUUGGAUCGGGGGGAUCGCCAGACACAGGCGGACGUAAGGAUGCUAGUAGUAGCGGAACUAACGACAAGGCAAACAAGCGGCGCUCAGGCAGUGUGGGGCGCAAUUGGAUAUAAUUCGAGAGUCUGGAAGAAUGAUUGAAAAAUCACAACAACAAAUUAAGUUUUAUCAUUAUUAUAAAAAAAAGUGCAUGUAGCAUAGUACACAUAACAGAAGUAAAACUUUCAAGGCACACAAAGAGGGAGAGACCCGAAAGAGAGUGAGAGAAUGUGAGAGAGAGAGAGAGAGAGAGAAAGAAUAUGUAUCUAAAUAAAUUCACAACAUUUGCAGAGAAUACAAAUAGACAAAAUUUACAAAAAACGAAGAAGGUUCGACCGGUGUAGGUAAACGCCGGACACAAACCGUGGCAACAACGUGCACUACUCCGAGCGUUUAUCACCCGCACAAACGCAGCGAUUCCAGGACCCCAGCAACGGCACAAAUUACCGCAAGGCAAUACUAAUAAAUCCGACGCCGGAAUGGAUAGCACUUUAUAUAGUAUGCACAAGCACUAGCCAGGAAACGGAAAUAAGGGCCAAAAAGUAGGCGCCAAAAAAAAAAAAACGCCAAAAAAAUUGGGACCAAAGAACGCCCCAAACAGUAGGCACCAAAGAAAUAUAACGCCAAAAAGUAGGCAUCAAAAAUAUAUUUCCUACAAGUUUGCACCAACAAACAAGCGCCAAAAAGUAGGCAGGGUUAUUUCUCACUAGAAAUUAGCAACCACAAGGAAAAAUAGCCUAAAGUGUAUCUAAGAUAUACAGGGUUUGAUUGAAAAGUAAUGAGCCUUAUUUUUUUAAGCAGUUUUAUUAAACAUUUUGGCUUAUACAACUAAUAUUCUUCAAAAUAGAACCCUUGAGCGUCAAUACACCGCUGGUAGCGGUCCUUCUACUGCAGGAAACAAUUUUUAAACUCAUCUGCCGGAAUUGCGUUCAAUUCGGCUGUCACAGUUUUUUUUGGAUCGCCUCGAUGGAGUCGAAACGCCUCCCCUUCAGCUAUCUUUUAAGGCGCGGCAGCAAGAAGAAGUCCGGAGGGGACAGGUCUGGGCUGUAGGGAGGGUGGGGAAGCAACGGAACCCCCAUCUUGGCCAAUGCACAGGUGCAGAGGAAGGCGGUGUGCGCCGGCGCAUUGUCGUGAUGAAGGGUCCAAUUGUUGACUAGGUCGGGCCGAACCCGGACGACGCGGACUUGUGCCACCGUUUUACCUGGGCACUGGACAGAUAUUGGCCUCCUCGAGUAGCCCAAUGGUUUCGGUGCUCGUUUUGUUUAGCUUUACGCAAAAUUUGAUCGAGUAACGUUGCUCCAACGAUCGCUGCAUUUUCGCCACUGCAAAAUCCUAACACACUUUUAAAACAGCUUUCACGCGCGGAGCGAUGUUGACUGCACCACUGUUGCCAGCGAACUGGAACCGGUUUCUAGUGGAAGGUCCAACGAUCAUUUUCCCCCACCAGCCGAUUCGGUUGAUCGCUUGGCAGACGCACCGCGCGGGAAGACUCAUUACUUUUCAAUCAAACCCUGUAUAUAAGGUAUAGCUCUCUCUCUAUCUUUUUUCUCUACGUUAUAUCUUUUUCUUUCUCGCGGAACGAAAAUGCCCAAAACGUUGCAUGGCCUUGAAAUUUUACUCUCCAUUCUCGCUCGUCCAUCGACGCCUAAGAAGUUUUACUUCAAAAAAAAAUUAUCAAAUUAACCCCUUAACAUAAAAACCAAUUGAAGGCUUAAAAUAAAUCUACACAACUAUUCCAUUGUUACACAAAA